CAUUUACAUUUUGUUUUCAGAUUUUCUUCUUUUUCUCCUCAGUGCUCUAGUCUCCAAUCAUUCUUCUUGGACUUCUAAUUUUUCCCUGGGCGUCAAUUCCGGGGUUACACAGAAAAUGAUAAUUUUUUGACGGACACCAAUAUAUGCAGACAGUAAAAAGCUUUGCACCCUGUCCUCAUGAAGGACAGGCUUUAAGAACUCAAAUGCCUCCAGAAACCUUCAAACAACUGGCAAAGGAAGUUGAUAUAUAAGCCCUGUGAUCAUACAGUCAGAAGGAAAAGGCUCUCGGAUUCAUGAAAUGGCAAAUUCCUUUAAGCUGAUUUUAUAGAAUAGCUACGUGUUAGGAAACGUCAGAAGACCUUGGCCAAGACCCAGAACGUGGGAAGUACCGGUUUCCACACCAUUUGACGAGAACUACAAACACGGCUUCAGUCCCUAAAUCCCGACUGCAAACCAGUGUGCCGGAACCAAAGGGCCGACACUCGAAUUUCCACCCGGGCGCGCAUCGACUGCUUUUGUCUGGCGGAGGCCUAUCGGGGGAGGACCGAGCUCCGGAAGGCCAAAGAAAGCAGGCGAGUCCAGGACUUCCUCCUGGAGAGGGAGCUUGGAUUCGGGAGGCCGCGCUGGGCCUGUUGGACUAGGCGUCCACGCGUGGGAGAGUUCAGUCAUGUCUGUACAUGCGGUGGUGCGCGCCCUGCGCAAGAACAAGACGCUUCGCUACGGAGUCCCUAUGCUGUUGCUGAUUGUUGGAGGUUCUUUUGGUCUUCGUGAAUUUUCACAAAUCCGCUAUGAUGCUGUGAAAAUUAAGAUUGAUCCCGAAUUAGAAAAAAAACUGAAAAUGAGUAAAGUAUCAUUGGAAUCAGAGUAUGAGAAAAUAAAGGACUCCGCUUUUGAUGACUGGAAGAAUAUUCGAGGACCCAGACCUUGGGAAGAUCCUGACCUCCUCCAAGGACGAAAUCCAGAAAUUCUUAAGACUAAGACAACUUGACUCAGUUGAUUCUUUUCUUUCCUUUUUUUUUUAAACAAAAAUGUUAUCAACUGGAAUUCCCACUACAUAUCCAGUGGGAAGAAAAUUUCAGACCUGCAAAAGCUUGGAUGUGAGUAACGUGAUGACAGAUAAUCUUGGUAAAAAGUCACAGUAACAUCAGGCAGUGAUUUUCUGUCACACCUAUGUAGGAAAAUAAUAUCGAUCACAGGCUGAUGAGAGUUUUGGUUUUACUUAUAACACCUCACAUGAUAUACUAAUCAGUCUCCAAAGUGUCACCUGAUGAUUGUAUUGAUACAAUUAAAACAUGUUAAGAAAAUUAUA